AUGUUGCUUACGUGUUCCAUAAUUGAGGUCAAUGUAAUAAAGUUGUCAUCCAAAGUCAAAAGUGUUACACGCUCACUUUCUUUGCCAAGAGAUAUUUCCUUAGAAAGUGAGCGUGGCAACUUAGAAAUGGUUGCGACGCUUCAAUCUCGAAAAGAAGCCUUAGAGGCGAAAAUUUUAGAAAAAAAUGAAGAAUUAAAAAGGUUAUGCCUCCAAGAAGCUGAUCUGACUGGGAUAAUGCCACCAGAAAUCCCACUUGAGCCAGGCGAACCGCCGCCACCAAUUCGUAGAAGGGUCGGUACAUCAUUUUCUUUCCCGCAAAAUCUUAUUAACAGCGUCAAAGAUGCUGAUGAUGAGUCAUUAACAGCAUUAGAAUUAGAAUGCAAAGUUCAAAUUAAUAUUGCCGAAGCUGCUUUAACUCUUGCUAAUGACUCCUCAGCAAAUAAAGCUGCUAGAAGAAAACAUCGCUUGAUGUACAGGCAAAGUCAACGAAGGUUAAUGGAAUUAGAAACAAGACUUAAUUUAUUAAAACAAGGAAAAUCUCAACAAUUUAAAUCACAACAAAUCAAAAAGAAACCUAGGCCCAACACUACAGCUGUUGAUAAUUUAGAAUUCCUUUGGAAAAAAAAUAAUGAGCAUGGCGUAAAUUAUUUUACCACUGAUCAUCUUGGAUCUUGGCCUGGAAAAACAAAACCUUUAUAUUCUCUAGAUGAUUGUGCUAAAGGCCACGAUUCAUUAUUGCAAAACGAUUUUUUGGGAAGUUUGCAAAGAUCUUUCAAGACAAGUGCUCCAUCACAAAGUUCUAGUAGUCCAAGAACCGAUGCUAGCUCUGAAGAAUUAAAACCUGGAUCCUUUCAAGUUUUUAAUACCUCUGGAUCUUUUCCCAAUCAUUUUCUCACAAAUUCAUUGCCUCAUGCUAAUAUACAAAUGAUAGAUAACUGUAAGUUAAAUACGAAUCUAAACAAUCAAAAGAAAGGUUUAAAAAAAAGUCUAGUUCGAAGACAAUGGGAUACUCAGUCAGCUGGAGGUACAUUACUUCCUAGUCAAACAUACCCUGAUCACAGCCAUCAACCUAAUUUAAGCAGAACACAAUCAUUGGGAAGUGUAGAAUCUAACUCUCAGAAAUCUAAAGAUUCUUGGAGUGUUCAGGAUUUAGUCUAUGAAGGUCACCUUCCUAAAGAAAAAGAAUGGUAUGAAACUUCACUUGAUUCAGCACCAUCUCCUCCUUUGAGGACCACAAGUAGAUUACCUUCCACAACAAGAAUGUUUACUUCUCAUCCAGCUCUUCUUAAUACACCAAAUAUGAUGCCUAAAAAUUUUAAACCCAUUCCAACAUAUUCUCCUUCUGAAAUAGAUAAUAUUUCAAAUAAUAUGCAUCAAUUACAGUUAAGUAAUAGUAAAAAAUUAAAAAAUUCCGGUUCUUAUAUGGAUGACUUAGAAGCUCUCAAUCAGAAGCAAGAGUUGCUUUUUAAAAAUCACAAUAAUGAAAUUUCAGAGUAUCCUCUUAAUGUUAAAAAACCGAUAAAUGAAAAUUUUAAUUGUCAAAAUGAAAGUGCCUCAAAAUUGGUGGAUGUGUCUUAUCCAAGUACUUCAAAUGAACGUGGGUUUUUUUCACAUGCAGAUGGCAACAACGUUGGCUUGUCAUUAUCUCGUCAAAAUUCAUUGGGCUCUUCAAAAUUAAAGAAUAAUGGUGAAUUUGAAAAAUCUGCUAAAGAAAUCAAUAACAUUAUGCAUGUUGCCAAUAAUAACUUAUACACUAAUAUUUUGGAAGAUAAUCCCGAUGGACCCGCCAAACCCUGGCUAAGUGAGGAAUUUCAAGGUCAACCUAAAAGCGGACAAAUCGCCGUUCCUCAGGAAUCGUACGUACCUAAACCACAAACUCCGACUCAGCCUUAUUAUCACGUAACCAAGAAUUCAACCGGUGAAAAAAUCAAUAAUUUACAAUAUCAGGCAGCAAAAAAUCGCCUUGCAUCUUCUAAUGCGGAACAAGUUAAUUUUAAAUCGUCAUCUCCUAUGCAUGUCGGUACUCGUCACCCCCCGCAUGCAAUUACGCAAAAUGAAAUAUCGUUCGAUACCGUCGUUCCUUUUGAAUCCCCGCAAAAUCACACGGUUGUUCAAGCAGGAAAAUGGCAACCCUACAGAGAAGUGACGAAGCCCUUUGAAAUGUCAGAUUUUUACAAGUACAGUACCAAAUUUAGACAGAGUCAGUCUCAGGCUAAUCGCGCGGUCACACCUGACACGUCUGCCAAUUCACCAAACACAUCUCAUCAAAUAGGGAUUUACACUCCGUUGAAACCCAUGACGUGCAGACCGGUUGAGAGUAAAUGUAAUCAAAUUACUAUACCCAAUCAAAUGGAUGUUAAUUGUGAUGAUAUGGAAAAAACAAUGGUUGAAGUUUCGCCACCGGAAAUAGUUUAA